ACAACCCCCGGCGGCGCGGCUGCAUGCGGGAAGGGGCGAUGGUGGCGGCGGGGGAUGGCAGCGGGCUGCGGGCACAGCCCCGACCUUCACACCCCGGCUGCCCAGCCCGGGGUGGGGAUUCACUCCUCCGGGCACGGCAGGAUGCUCCGCCGGCCGGGAGCAUCUCGCACCAGCCUUUUCCAAAGGAGGGAAAGGCGGGGAGGAAGGAGAAACUUAACGUAGGCUGUUCCUUGCCGCUGCCUUCUCCUUCCAUCAGCGGCUCCGCAUACGGGCGCUGGCCUAUUAAUAGUGUUUAUUUUUACUCACUGCACGCAAAAAAGAAAGGGCUGCGGGAGGGGGGGCUGAGGGGCUGCGCUAUAAAUAGGUAGCAAAGGUGGCCGUGCCCCGGGGAGGGGAGGAGGAGGGGGCGGCCGGCUCCUCGCCGGGUGCGCAGUGGCUGCGGACCCUGCACGGAGCCGGGCGCACGGAGGCGGCUGCGGGCAGCGCGGUGAUGAGCCGUGCUCGGCCUCAGCCCGGCGGGAGAUAGCGCCCAGGGCGAUGCUGCACGGCCCCGCCGCCAUGGGGGAGCCGUGGCCGCCGCAGCCGCAGCAGCAGCGGCUCCCGGGGCUCGGCAACGCCUCGGAGCCCCCCGCCUGGCCCUCGGCGGCGGCGGCCGGGCCGGGCACGGCGGCGCCGGGCGGCGGGGCCGCGGCCGCGGGGUCCGUGAGCCCCUGGGACAUCGCGCUGUGCGCCACGGGCACGGCGGUGGCGGGCGAGAACGCGCUGGUGCUGGCCGUGCUGUUCUACACGCCGAGCCUGAGGGCGCCCAUGUUCCUGCUGAUCGGCAGCCUGGCGCUGGCCGACCUGCUGGCCGGGCUGGGGCUGGUGGCCAACUUCGCCGUGCGCUACCUGCUGCGGCCGCCCAGCGAGGCGGCGGAGCUGGCGGCGGCGGGGCUGCUGCUGGCCGCCUUCUCCGCCUCCGUCUGCAGCCUCCUGGCCAUCACCGUGGACCGCUACCUGUCGCUGUACAACGCGCUCACCUACCACAGCGAGCGCACGCUGGGCUUCACCUGCGCCAUGGUGCUGCUGAUGUGGCUGCUGUGCCUGGGCGUGGGGCUGCUGCCGCUGCUGGGCUGGAACUGCCUGCGGGACCAGAGCUCCUGCAGCAUCCUGCGGCCCGUCACCAAGGACAACGCGGCCGUGCUGGCCGUCACCUUCCUGCUGCUCUUCGCCCUCAUGAUGCAGCUCUACCUGCAGAUCUGCAAGAUCGCCUUCCGGCACGCCCAGCAGAUCGCCGUGCAGCACCAGUUCAUCGCCACGGCGCAGGCCACCUCCACCCGCAAAGGGCUCUCCACGCUGUCGCUCAUCCUCGGCACCUUCGCCCUGUGCUGGAUCCCCUUCGCCAUCUACUCGCUGGUGGCCGAUUCCAGCUACCCCGCGGUGUACACCUACUCGCUGGCGCUGCCCGCCACCUGCAACUCGCUCAUCAACCCCAUCAUCUACGCCUUCAGGAACCCGGACAUCCAGAAGUCGCUCUGGCUGGCCUGCUGCGGGUGCAUCCCUUCCACGUUCUCCUCCAGACCAAGGACAUCCAGCGACGUGUGAGGACUGAGCACGGAGCCAGAGGUGCUCGCUGGCUCUCCUGCUCCUUCUCUUUUCCCCCUCUGUCGUUAUUGUCUCCUGCCGGGAGGAGUCCCCUCCCCGGUCAGCACAUCUCGUUCCAUGGAAAGAUGGCCAAAAAGAGAGAGAGAGAGAGAAAAAAAAAAGGCAAAAGAGAAAAGGAAAGAGAGAGAGUAGAAUGAUAAUGGUUUCCUUUAGAAAUGUUAUUUUCUUACACAUUUUAUUUUUUAUUUAAAAACACAAAACACCAAAAAAAAAAAAAGAAAGAAAGAAAAAAAAGACAAAGCAAAGCAAAGGGAUCCUCGCACGAUGGCGUUUGUCUGCUCUCGGGGUAAGGAGCCAGGGGAGCAGCGGGGGGUCCCACAUCCCAUGGGAAGCCACAGGAGGGGGGCGGGCAGGGAGGUGUCGCGUCCCCCGGCGGGGCUGGUCCCCACGCGCGGGGUGGCCAUGCCCACCCCCCGAAUUCAGGGCCUGCGAUGCUAUGCAAUAAAGGGGAGGAGAGCUCGGCCCGGGGAGCGCGGGCAGGGGAGCCGGGCUCUGCCCGCGCCGCUGGGGCCGGAGCAGCUUGGAGGAGCUGCGGCUGGAAGGCACUCUAGGUGUGGCUGUCGCAGGGGUGGGGGCGCCCAGGGAAUCUUUCUCUCAUUCCCCUCCACCUCCCCCCAAAAUGUGGCCGGGGCAGCGCCGGCGAGGUGAGGGCAGCGGGGGUGCCCUGCACCCCAAAGCCCGGAGGCCAAGGAAGGGCUCUCCGUGUCCAGCCGGGCAGUGGGGUGUUGCUUCCCCCCCUUCCACGCGAGUUGUUUACAUGGGGUGGGGUUUUCAUCCAAAGAGGGCUCCGGGCUUGCUGGAGUCCCCGAGAGAGGAGCCUCUGUCACCGCGGUGUCAUUGCUGAUGCUGCCGCUUUACCUGGGAGAAGCGCCAGCCCCGACACCCCCGUGCUGUGUGCUGUGCUUUGUGGUGUCGGUGAGGCCGUGAUGAAGUGUCCUUUUUCCUGUGCUUGCUUUUGGCCGGGGGGUGGAAUCGUGCAUUCACUGAUAGAGGAAGGGAGACCCCAGCAAUGCCCGGAGAGGGGGCAGGGCCGGGGUGGGACACCCGGGGUGGCUCCGGGCACAGGGGGGUGCUGCCCGGGGUCCUGGCAUGGGGGGCUUGGGACACCCUCCAGCAGCUGGGUCUGGUACCCAAACAUUCUGCUUUGCUGUGGAGAAAUUGUUGUGAUGUUGGAGAGGGACUUGGGCAAAGGUGAGCAGUGACAGGACACAGGGAACGGCUCCCACUGCCAGGGGGCAGGGAUGGGUGGGAUAUUGGGAUAUUGGGUAGGAAUUGUUCCCUGGCAGGGUGGGCAGGCCUGGCACAGGGUGCCCAGAGCAGCUGUGGCUGCCCCUGGAUCCCUGGCAGUGCCCAAGGCCAGGCUGGAGCAGCCUGGGACAGUGGGAGGUGUCCCUGCCAUGGCAGGGGUGGCACUGGGUGGGCUCUGAGGUCCCUCCCAACCUGUAACAUUCCGUGAGUCUGUGAUAGUGGAAGAAAUGUUCUUGCUGUGUGUGGCUGCAGAGGGUACAGAGUCACUUUCUGGCUGGGUACAGGCAGAUCCAGGUGGGUUUUGUCCCUGGGUCUGGCAAUGAAUCUCUGGCUCCUCAGAGCCAAGUGCACAAGAGAAAGCUCUGAGGUUCCCAAGUGUGCCUGGGCUUGGACUUUUUGUCUGCCUGUGAGAGGUGGCCAGUCUUGGAGUUUUUAUGUUUUGUGGGUUUGGGGUUUUUUUUCCAUUUCCUUUCUCUGAUGAAUACCUUGGAGAAUGGGCAGUUGGCACAAUGUGGAAUCAGUGUAAGUUUUAAAGUAAAUAUAUAUGUAAGACUAAUAUUUAUACAACACUUUACUCAUUCUGUUUCUUCUGGUUUCUUAAGUGCAGCAAGGUCCCUGCAGUUCCUCAGUGUGAAAACUCAAUAGCUUAAACCCUUUUUGAAACAUUGUGAACAUUUGAAAUGUUUUUAUACAACCACCCUAGCUAGAAGUCAGGAUUUGUUUCUCUGGGCAGCUCAUUUUGUAUCUUUAGAUGAAAGGUAGUUUAACUAAUCAGCUCCAGAGAAACCUUGGCACAAAAAAAGUUGCAUUUUCUUGGCUUACCAGUAAAUUCCCCCUUGCUGAAGAGCUUGAUUUUAACAAUGUUCUUUUUGGAGUUUAGCUGCUUACAUAAAAUGUGUCUCAGUUUGAGGGAUACACUGGUAAACUUCACCAAAGUCAAAUGAGGACCAAUGAAAAAAUUCUCCCUGUGAUUCUUUUCCACAGCAAGAGGAGAAAGAUUUGGGAUGUGAGGAGCUGAGCUGAGGACACAGCCCCUGCCAGAGUGAGGUUAAGAGCAGGUGGGGCUGUCCUCCCUGGGGCUCACCCAGACACUUUUAGAGCCCCUUUGGCACAGGCAAACUCUGAGUUCUGGUCCCUGAGUGCCCCGACCCAGCUCACAGUCAGCUCCAGGAUGUGGCACGAGCCUAUUCCAUGCUCAGAAUUCCUGUAAAAUAAGGAUCUCAUUUCUUUUUGUGCAAUGGUAUAGCACCUCUCUCUUUGGGAUGUUAAAGCUGCCCAUGGAAGCUGCUGAAAACUCUUGUCAGGUUUCAGGAAAAGUCUUAAGAAAUCUCCUCUAAAAAACCCCCAUUUUGAUAAAUUGGCAUUUUUACAGUCAUUCCCCUAAAUAAAAAUAGUGCAAUUUCCAGGUGUUGUUUUUGCUGUUUUUCCUCUCCUGUUUUAUCAGAGGAAAUGAGAAGUGAAGAAGAGGAUAAGGAGGUUUAGGUUCACCUGCCACGCGUUGCCUUGUGGAAACCUCUGACCAUUUUACUGCACCUUUCCUGCAGAGCUUUGCCUUUGUUUUGGUUUUGUUUGCCAUAGAGAAAACCUUUUACUGGGAAACCUUGGAGUGGCAAUGUUGGACAUCAGGGGCUGAUGGAUUUUGGAGCCUCCCCAUGCUGAACUCCAGGAAAGUGGAUUUAAAACCUGAAAUCACUUGCUGAGGCAGCCUUGCUGUGUGCAGGGUGGGAACGUCCUGGUGCUUGGGGCUGAUUUUGGGGUGUUUAGGAUGGAAUUCAGGGCUUUAGGAUGGCGUUCUGCUGCCAUAAAGAGGGAGCAGCUCCCAUGAAUGUGAUGGAAUCCCAUGUGGAUGAGGCACCAGUGGUGAGGGAACCACCAAAAGCAAAAUGGGGUUUCCAGCUGGUGGAUGCUCUGUGGAUUCCCUGAGGAUCCAAAACUCGGUGAAAAGAGCCCAGCAGCCCCUCUCCACCUCCUGGGCACCACCAGAAGGACACAGAGCAACUGGAGUACAUCCAGUGCUCCACGUUUCCUGGUGCUGGAUGUGCUGGGAGGCCUCCUCCACCUGGGACUCUGUAUCUCUGUAAAACUGAGGGCUCUGGAAGCCUCUGAUUUAAUGACUGUGCUUUUCAGCUGAGACGAGGGGAUGGUGGCAGUCCUGCAAAGCACGGGGUCUUUGGCUUGUUGGGAAUUUGCAGAUGUCCUCUGAUGUCCACAGAGUCCCCUGGGUGGGAGCUGGAGCUGCCUGGACAGGGCUGCUGCUCUUUGGUUGGGAACAAACCCCUCCCUGUCCUCACCCUGGCCAGGACCUUGCCACUGCAUCUUCAAACUCUGAGCUUUUGAUAAAGGAUGAGAGGCCAGAGCCAGGCUGGGAUUGGACUCUUGUCACUUCUGGACUCUCCAGCUGCUGGUUUGGAUCCACAGCAGCAGAAAUGGGCAGAAAACUGGUCCUGAGUAAUUACAGGUGGCACCCAACCAGCCCUGAGCCUGUGGCAGGGAUUAACACAGCCAGGGAAAUGAAUCCAGGCUUAUUUACUGAUUUAUUUACAGGUUUCUGGGUGCCUUUGGCUUUUCCACCACAAGCUGGUGGCCAGCAGAAUGUAGAGGUGAAAAGGUUUUGGUGCUGGUGCUUGGCUGGUUGAGUGGAGAGGGCGAGGAGGAAAGAAGGAGCAAACAUUCCUCAAAUACACUGUGACAAGGCCAGGGCCACCGUGGGGUGGGAUGUAACCACAGCUGCCCUGAGGUUUGUGGAGAUGUGCCAGGGCUGGGGGGAGCUUGUGCAUUUACAACAAGCUCUCGUCCCUGCCCCAGCAUGAGAAAUUAAAAAAAAAAGUACAAAAAACCCUAUUAAAAUUUAUAAAUUCUACCAACAAAGCUGCUUAUUUUGAGCAAAGUUUUAUUUUGGGCUUUGUUUCCUUUUUUCCUUUUCCCUUUUGGUCAGUUUGGGACUCUGAGCAGUGAAAAUGUCUCUCUUUAACCAGCUUCAUGUCAGUAACCAGCAGUAAAGAUUCCAAGGUCUCAGUCCUGAUGUGGCAGCUCCAGUCUGCUCACAUCAAAGAGUUUUAAUUGAACCUGGAAUGAACCCCCAAGAAACCAUUACUGUUCUCAUUAGGUGAUGAAGUAUCUCUUUCUUGUAAAAGCAUCAAAUUUGGGGUGGGCAGACCUUUUAAAAGGCCAUUGGUACUCACUUGUAUUGGUGUGUCCUGACCAGCAUCAAGACCCACAUCAUUGCUAACGAAGAAUUAACAGCUCACUUCUAAUUGUCGGGAAUAAUUGUUGGAUGCACAUGGUAUUUCCUUGUAAUUCCUCUCAGCCUCCCCUCGUGGUGAGGUGAGGCAGCUCCACUUGGACCCUCUGUAGCUCUUCUGUUGUCAGUGCAGCUGCCCCUACAAGAUCCCCCCAACCUGUCCCUGGAUUCCCGGGAACAGAGCUCUGCCAUUCCCUGGAAAACUGCAGCACAGAGCAGCACAGAGAGGAAAGGGGCUUUUCAGCAGGAACACCCCACUCUGAGGGCGCUGUGGGGCCCUUUAGGCCCUGCCUUGGAGGGGUGUGAGCUGUCUCCAGCUCCUUCAGGAAUCCUGCCCAGUGCCAGGAGCAGCCGAGUGGGCUCCAGGGUGAUCCCUCCCUGCUGAGGGGCACUGACAGCACCUCGUGUCCCUGGCCACUGACACCACAAGCACAGGUUUAUGGUCUCACUGCAGGCUCUGGGAGCUGGAAAACAGCUGGAAAACAGCUGGAAAACAGCUGGAAAACAGCUGGCUCAUCCUAGGAAAUUCCAGCUGGGCAGGGGCUCCAGCCCUGGGCGCUGCAGCACAGGGACAAGGACAGGCUGCAGGCUGCUGUCCCUUGGGAGCAGGUCAGAGCACACCAGCCCCAGGAUAGAGCAUCCUCCCGGGACAGGGAACCCUCCAGCCCCCAGGCAGGGAUGAGUUCCUGGUGGCCAAGCCCAGCAGGAACCCGGCAGAGGCAGAGCCUGCUCUGUGCUCACCCCUGGGGCUCCUGCCACAGCACAGACGGGGGAAUCAAUCACCCCAUUCCCUGCCACCUGAUCUCCCAGGAAUGAGGCCACCCCACAGCAGUCAGGACAGCGCCUUGUUUGCUGUCAGUGCUGUCGUGAGCCUUUAAACUUGGGUGGGAAAGCUGAUCUCAAAGGAAAUGUACAGUUAUCAUGCAGUUAUGGUCAAAUCAAGCCCCUUCGAUGCACUUUAUGAACGAGUGAAAACAAAUCAAUGCUGUUAUUGCACUGUAUCUCUAUUGUGUAUAAUAUUAUACAUUCAUCUGUAAGAGUAAUUUAUUUUUAUUACUGUAAAUAAAACUGUUAAAGUGA